AUAAUCAAACCGACAUCAUUUAACGAGCUCAGUAUCAUUUAAUUGCUUGUCGUGUGAAUACCUGUUAAACCUUUUCGAGUGUAUAAAUAAAAUGGGCAAAGAUAAGUUGGAAUGGGUGCCGGCGAGUGGGGGGUCACACCCCAAGGACUCUGUUCGUGCAGGAUACGAUUCUGGGGAGAAAGUUUACGUCGCUCGGGCUCAUCACGAGGGGUGUAUCAUUCCCGGCAAGCUGCACAAUGGUCACUCUUCGAUGUACAUUCCGUACAACAUGGCUGAGGUUCCUUGCUCCGACUAUGAGGUCCUGACCGGUCCCCCAGCCGCUUUGUCGUGGGUGGAGUCAAGCCAUGGGGUCAUCCCCCCCAACUCUGUCCAAGGGGGGCAGGAGGCUGACGGUGAGAUUAUCUACAUUGGACGAGCUAUCCACAAUGGAACUGUGACGGUCGGCAAAGUCCACGCUAGCCAUGGAUGCUGUUAUGUCAGCUAUGGUGGAGAGGAAUUGAACUUCAAAGAGUACGAGAUCCUCGUGAAGAACAAGUUGGGACAGUUCUUGGGAUGCUAGAGAAAUGUUUCCAUAAAAAAAUUGAUUAUUCUUCUAAAU